GUUAUCUAAUAUUGUGGGUAAUAAACUGCACAGAGAGGUGACAUUUACUCAUUUUCCUGCACACGUUUCUUUGCUCUGACUGACUGCAUGUGUUUGCAAGAGCAUUUUGGAUUUUACCCGUUGAUAAAAUAUCUUAAAAAUGAACUAAAGUCCCAGAAAAAUUGUUUACCGACAUAAACCUUUACUUUUUAUCAUCAGACACUGAAGUUUUCUUGGUCGAUAUGAACACUGUUGAGGGGCUGUUUGCAUCCUCAAGUAACCUGGAUGUGCUUGCCAAUGAUUUCCUUUCCUGUCCAGCCCCCAUUCCACAAAUCAGCUCAACAUGCAGGCAAAAGUCUCAGGAACCGCAGACGGUGGAGUUUGCCUCCAGGACCUCCUGAUCUGCCUUUAAUAGGAAACUUACUGCAGCUGGACAAACGAGCUCCCUUCACAAGUCUGCUAAAGCUCAGUGAGACCUAUGGGCCGGUGAUGACGGUGUACCUGGGCCCUCAGCGUGCCGUGUUUCUGGUGGGGUAUGAAGCUGUGAAGGAGGCGCUGGUGGACAGAGCAGAGGACUUCACUGGCAGAGGACCUGUUCCUUUCCUAAUCAGGGCCACCAAAGGCUAUGGUUUGGCGGUCAGUAAUGGAGAACGUUGGCGACAGUUACGACGGUUCACGUUGUCAACUCUGAGAGACUUUGGGAUGGGACGGAAGGGCAUGGAGGAGUGGAUCCAGGAGGAGAGCCAACACCUGGUGAACCGAAUUAAUAGUACCAAUGCCACACCUUUUGAUCCAACCUUCUUCCUGAGCUGCUCAGCGUCCAACGUGAUCUGCUGCAUGGUGUUUGGACAACGUUUCAGCUACGACGAUAAAGACUUCCUGGACCUUCUGCACAUAAUCUCAGAAGCAAUAAGAUUUGCCAGCAGUCCUUGGGGUCAGCUGUACAAUAUCUUCCCUCGGCUGAUGGAACGGCUGCCCGGUCGACAGCACAAAGUGUUUGCCAACAUCGAAAAGCUGAGACAGUUUACGAUGACAAAGAUCCAGGAACACCAGGACACUUUGGACAUCAGCUCACCUAGAGAUUACAUCGACUGCUUCCUCACUAGACUCAGUCAGGAAAAGGACAUUCCCACGACUGAGUUCCACUAUGACAACUUGGUAUCAACAGUAUUGAAUCUGUACCAGGCAGGAACUGAAAGCUCUAGCUCAACCAUCAGAUAUGCACUAAACUUACUGAUCAAAUACCCCAAAAUGCAAGAAACUAUGCAGCAGGAGAUUGACACUGUGGUUGGACGUAAUCGUUGCCCUUAUAUGGAAGACAGGAAGUCCCUCCCCUUUACAGAUGCUGUCAUCCAUGAAAUUCAGCGCUGUAUGGACAUCAUCCCCCUGGGUGUCCCUCACUAUGCUGUCCAAGACAUCUCUUUCAGGGAUUACACACUUCCCAAGGGUACGUUAAUUUUCCCCAUGCUGCACUCUGUGCUGAAAGAGGAAAAACAGUGGGCCACCCCCUGGACAUUUAAUCCUCAACACUUUUUGGACCAGAAUGGCAACUUCAAGAAAAACCCUGCUUUCCUGCCAUUCUCUGCAGGAAAGAGAUCUUGUGCUGGAGAGUCCCUCGCUCGCAUGGAGAUUUUCCUCUUCAUGGUGUCACUUGUGCAGAAUUUCACCUUUUCCUGCUCUGAAGGACCUGACAGUAUUGACCUCAGUGCAGAGUACAGCAGCUUCGCCAACCUGCCUCGCCAAUACAUGAUCAUUGCAACUCCCAGGUGCUAAUUAUUAUCUGGCAUUAAUCCUUCAAAUCAGGGAUCAUUUUAUAGCAAGGAGCUUGAGUAAUGUUAUUAGUAUUCUCAUUUACACUGUGACAUUCUGGUUAUACAUAUUCUGUGUCGACUUCUUUAGAUGUGUAGAAUAUCCUAGACUUCCUGUCUAGAGAGUAAAAUAUUGCAAUCUAAGCUUACAUCUAUGGUUUUGUAGUUACAUUAAAAUGGAAAUUAGGAACAUCUGUAUUUUGAACAACAUAAACCAAAGUAAAUAAACAAAGAUAUUUACAGUAAAUGCAAGGGUUAAUGGCUUAUUGUGUAGGCAUAUUUACACUCAUCAAACAGCAAUGUGUUGGUAAAUCAUGUAAGGUGUGGUAGAUAUCUGUACUUUUACGCAUGAAUCACACAAUAAACAUGAAAAGAAUUGCA